GAGGGACCAAGUUGAGCUCAUAGGAUCGGGACGCAUUCUAUCAUUUGAUAGCGAUAUAAUCUUUACGAAGGACAAACUUCGUGCUUAGACCCCAUCCUGUCUUUCUUUUUUUUCUUUCUACUUCGUAUUCUCUUUUGUACCAACACCGUGAAAAGUACUUCAGCCGUAUUUCCACGCCAAAGCAUUCAUCCCAGCUGUCCUGCUCUCCUUCCUCACAUCUCUAGUCCUGUUCCAUCUGCCAAGUAUUGAAGAUACCUGCUCUGUGCGCCCUAGUCCAAUUAUAAAUACCUAUGUAUUAUUCCUCAUUCUCUUUGAUAUCUCCACACCAGUUGUAUGCUCCCGAGGCGCUGGCCAGCCUCUACGAUGGCACCGUGCUGUGGUGGCAACAUCAUCUCCGUAGAUGCUUAUUUCGCAUUGACAAUGAUCUAGCAUUGGAAGGAGUUAAACGAAUCUUUUACCAUCACUGGAAGAAUAGAUCACCGUCGGCUAAAAGACCACUUCUUAGAGGUGUUGGCCGAGCGUUACACUUCGCACUACUCACCAUACUUUGGUCAAAUUAUUUAGGGAACCCAGUGACACAAAUGCCGAGUGGCCUUCAUCACGGAGAGCAUACAAAAGAUUAUUCCUCAGGUUGGAAAAGGCGGGGAAGUGCCCAGCCACGUGCUCCUAGAAAGCUGGGCCGCUCUAUUAUACGGCUGCCUACACUAUUAUUCGAUUACUUUUUUUUCUCUCGCAUAUCCUAGAUAACAACCAUGUGCGGCGCUGAGUACUCGGUUUCGUGCGAAAUUAAACGCAGCGACCCCUUACUGAGAAGGGCCUUUGAAGUCUGGGAUCUCAAUGGGGCUCAGUGGUAGCUGGAGAACUGGG